AUGGGAGCCUGCGUUGCUAUGAUACUAAAUUUAUUUCUGGCACUUUUACUUGCAUCAUUUGGCUCAAGUGUUUUAACUGAAAAAGAAGAUGAUGAAGAAGAAAAUAAAAUUGCUGAAGCACUUAAUCGUAUUCAACGAUUUAUUGAUUUUCUAAUUACAUUUAUUUUACGUUUGUUUCAUCGAAAGAAACAAAUAUUAAAGGAUAUUAAUAAUAUUGUAGUUGAUAAUCAAUUAUUAUCAACUACAAAAGAAUCAACUAAUAAUCUUACUUUACAAACAUUAUAUCAAUCAGAAGAUUUGAAUAUUUCAGUAGUUUUAAAUAAUGAUUCAUUAAUAAAACAUGAUAAUAUUGAAAUACAACCAAUGAAUAAUAAUUCUAUAUCUCCUUCUCCAUGGCAAAUUCUUCAUAUACCACCAGAUUGUUUUCCUAAUAUAAUAUCAAAACAUUUUAUUUGUUGUGAUAAAUAUAUUUCAAAAUCUAUUCAAGAACAAUGGACAUAUUUUCGUAGUUUAAUUUAUUAUAUUGUUGAACAUCAAUAUUUUGAAUAUCUUAUUAUUAUUAGUAUAUUAGCUAGUAGUACAACUUUAGCUUUAGAAGAUGUCAAUACACGGCAACAACCAAAAUUUUUAUUUAUUUUAACUAUAUUUGAUAAAAUUUUUACAGUUAUUUUUACAAUUGAAUUAAUAUUAAAAUGGUUUGCUUAUGGUAUAACAAAUUAUUUUACAAAUGGUUGGAAUAAAUUAGAUUUUAUUAUUGUUAUUGUUAGUAUACUUGGAACUAUUCUUGAUUUACUUGGUAUAGCUGAUAUUCCAAUAUUUAAAUCAAUGAGAACAUUAAGAGCUUUACGUCCAUUAAAAGCACUAUCAAGAUUUGAAGGAAUUCGAAUUGUUGUUAAUGCAUUAUUUGGUGCUAUACCAUCAAUAUUUAAUGUUUUACUUGUUUGUCUUGUAUUUUGGUUAAUAUUUUCAAUAAUGGGUGUACAAUUAUUUGGUGGAAAAUUUUAUAAAUGUGUUUAUGUUGAUACACAUAAUCGUGUUAAUAUAUCAGAAAAUAUUAAAAAUAAAAUUGAUUGUUUAAAUAGAAAUUUUACAUGGGAAAAUUCACGAAUUAAUUUUGAUAAUGUUCUUAUUGGUUAUUUAGCUUUAUUUCAAGUUGCAACUUUCAAAGGUUGGAUUGAAAUCAUAUCUGAUGCAACUGAUGCUAAAGACAUAGAUAUCCAACCUGAAUAUGAAACUAAUGUUUAUAUUCUUCUUUAUUUUGUUUUCUUUAUUAUAUUUGGUUCAUUUUUUACUCUCAAUUUAUUUACUGGUGUUGUUAUCGAUAAUUUUAAUCAACAAAAACGAAUGUUAAGUUUUCUUAUUCAUAAAAUAAUAUACAACAAAAAAAUAUUAGGAGCUGAUGGUACAUUAGACAUGUUUAUGACAGAAGAUCAAAAAAAAUAUUAUAAUGCUAUGAAAAAAAUGGGUAGUAAAAAACCGACUAAAGCAUUACCAAGACCGAGAUUUGCUCUUGGACGAUUUCUUUUUGAUGUAACAACAAAUCAAAAAUUUGAUAUAUUUAUAAUGAUAUGUAUUUUUCUUAAUAUGGUUUGUAUGUGUCUUGAACAUCAUAAUCAAAGUUAUAUUUAUGAUCUUGUUCUUGAUUAUAUUAAUACUUUAUUUGUCAUUAUAUUUACUAUUGAAUGUAUCAUGAAAUUAAUUGCAUUAAAUUUUAAAUAUUUUACUAUUCCAUGGAAUGUAUUUGAUUUUAUUAUUGUAGUUGCAUCUGUUCUUGGACAAGCAUUAGGAGAAAUUAUGGCACAAUUUGUGGUGAAUCCAACAUUAUUACGUGUUGUUCGUGUUGCACGUGUUGGAAGAAUCUUGCGUCUUGUAAAAGGUGCAAAAGGUAUUCGAACAUUACUUUUUGCAUUAGCUGUUUCAAUGCCUGCUUUAUUUAAUAUUGGUCUUCUUCUUUUUCUUGUUAUGUUUAUUUAUUCAAUAUUUGGUAUGUCAUUUUUUGCUUAUGUAAGAAAAUCAGCUGGUAUAACAGAUUUAUUUAACUUUGAAACAUUUCCUAAUUCAAUGAUUGUACUUUUUCAAAUGUGUACCACUGCUGGUUGGUCUGGUGUUUUUCAAGCAUUAACAAAUGAUCAACCACCAGAUUGUGAUCCAACUUUAAAUACACCAUCACAUAAAGGUGAUUGUGGUAAUUUAGCUAUUGCAACACCAUUUCUUGUCAGUUAUGUUAUAAUUACUUCUCUUAUUGUGAUAAACAUGUAUAUUGCAGUAAUAUUAGAAAACUUUAAUCAAGCGCAAGAAGAUGUACAACAAGGCUUAACCGAUGAUGACUAUGAUAUGUAUUAUGAAAAAUGGCAACGAUUUGAUCCAUCAGGUUCACAAUUCAUAAAAUAUGAUCAAUUAUCAGAUUUUGUUGAUGAUCUCGAACCACCAUUACGUAUUUCUAAACCAAAUCAUUUAAUACUUGUUCGUAUGAAUUUACCAAUAUGUGAAUAUGAUCGUAUGCAUUGUGUUGAUAUACUUGAUGGUCUCACAAAAUAUUUUCUUGGUACACUUGAUACAGAGAUAGCAAGUAAUGAAAUUGAUGCACCAAUUGAUAUAAAAAAAGAUCGUCCUAAACAUUAUCAUCCAAUAUCAACAACAAUACAACGACAACGUGAACUUUAUCUAAUUCGUUUAAUCUUAAGACGUUUUCGAAACAAUGUUGAACGACGUCGCAAUGAACGAAAACAUAGAGAAUUAACAUUUGAAUAA